AUGCCCUCGCAGUCCCGAUCGCCGGCACCUUCUGCUCGAUCCUCUAGCCUAAAACCGCCUAAUACUGGCAAUCGUGUUCGAAAGACAACAUCCUCACGGGAGCCGCCUCCUCCGCCUCCGCCAUUUACCCCCGAGAUGAGAGACCGGAUGAUGGAGUUGCUUGCGGAGGAAACGGCCGCCGGGAAUUUGAGUUCUACGAAGGCGAUGCAGCGCCGCCCGGCCUUCAAGCGGGUAGCGUUGGCGAUGGCAGAGUCGUUCCCUGCGUUCGGAUGGAGUGCCUUGAAGGUUCAAAGCAAGAUGCGGGACGAAGAAAAGCGGUACAUUCAGCUCCUCGGGGUUACCAGGACGCCUGGUAAUGGCUAUGAUGAGAUUAGUGGGCUACCGGUGGCGUCGGACGCGUUCUGGGAGGGCUUGCUUUUCGAGGCACCGGAGGAGUGGCUCAGAGUAGAGCCACUCGGGGACGUCGAUCAUUAUGAUGAAGUGUUCCCCGAUUUGCGCGACUAUGGCUAG